CAAUGGGCGAGACCAAGCUCUCUCUGUUGGGCCAUGAUACCUUUUUUGUUCUCCGAACGUUCGAGAUCGAUCGCUCUAGAAAGAGAGAUUUUUCCCCCGUACCUUAUUCAAUACAAGAGUUUGGUGGUGCUGGAUAUAUCGUACUAACUAUUUAGAGACGUGUUUGUCUUGUGUACUUUGUAUUUAGUUUGAUAAAGAUAAACUUUCCAGCCAAGUCGAAGCUGGGUUUUUAAAUAUUUCAUAUUUGGAUUUAAAACAAAGUGACUUCAAGAUUCAGAGAUUUUCAAGAUCGUCGACUCUCGAGUUUCUGGGAUGGACAAAGUCGUAAAGAACAAAAUGAUUCUAUUAUUAAGUUAGCGACAUUGAUUUAGAUGACUUUGGCUUGCAGUGACGUGAACAGUAAAGCGAGCUAAAGUGAUUAUUUUAGCGGCAGAAAAGUUUCUGAAGUUGAACAUUCUGACAUUGUCCAGCUGUAAAUGACCACAUUCAAGACCUGGGGCGGCGUGCUCCUGGUCAGUGUGUCCUUUUUGAUAAUCGCAGACGCCCAGACACUUAAUAAUCCACAAAUCACUCCUUUCACCAGGCCUUAUAAUAUUCACGAGGACACCAUUGUGGAAACACAGAUUGUUGAAGUUGUAUGUACUAACCCAGGAGACGCUUGUCUGUGUAACCUGAAAUACACGGACCCGUUGGGUGGACCAUUCACUGUAUGGAAGAAAACAUCCUUGUCCAAAUUCUACGUUUACUAUACUGGAGUUGCCCAAGGAGGCAAGUUGUCAUUUAAAAACAACCCAACUUACUUUCUGACCAUCGAGUGCAGGAAUGAAUUGGGCACCAACACGUCAGAAGUCGUUCUGGAGAUAGAUAUUCAGCAAAAUCAGGCACCAGUCAUCACCAACAUAAAGUAUCCACGAGAUUCAAUAGUCCUGGAUGCUAUGAGGCCUUACGUCCCUGGAGAUAACUUUUACCAGGUGACGGCCACGGAUGCAGAGAGCGACGCCCUGACCUUCUCCAUUACGACCAAUCCAAGCGUUAACUACUUCACAAUAGACGCCAGUGAAGGCUACAUCAACAUAGCCAAAGACUUGAGGUCAGCCACGGUCAAGAACAUACUUAUCACAGCGUCUGUAACUGAUGGGGUCAACAUCGUCAACAACUUUGAGAUCGCAGUGAAUUUAACAUCUUUAAACACCAGACCAUCAAUUACCAAUCUACCAGCAACUGUCAAGUUUCCAGAGACAACGCCAGCAGGGACAACGCUUAUAACCUUGACCCUACAGGACCCGGACAUAUUCGACGCAACUCUGGUGCCGACUUGUUCUGUGGUACCUAAUGGGGAAGAGUACAAGUUUACCUACGAGUCUGGAACAAGAAAACUGAAGUUAACAACCUUGGUGAAUACACAGAUCACUUUACCUUUGGAUUACGAGAGUUAUAAUCAGUACAAGAUUACAUGCGUAUUUAGUGAUGGAUUUCUAGACUCUCAGAAUGACACCCUGACCUUGAACGUUGAGAAUGUGAACGAGGCUCCGACCUUUGAUGAAACUAUUUACUACUGUGACCUGUAUGAGAGCGGGCCAGGCGUAUCUACGUGUGAUCUGGACGCUGUCAUCAUCGACCCUGAUGGAGAUACAAUAUCCACCAUUGGAUUUCUUACUAGUAAUAACAACAACAGAUUUAGAUAUGACCGGUCUACGACCACCAUCACAUUCAACGUGGACUACGACGUUGACCUGGCUGCCAUGCCUACCAAUGUCAACUUGACCCUCCAGGCCGUGGAUAUCUACGGGGCCUCCAGCACUGUACCGGUGUAUGUGAAAAUUAGUGAUGUCAACGACAACACCUGCACUUUUGGGGCCACGUCGACCAAUACCUUCAAAGCUGACCAAGGGACUAAUCUAGGCAGUCUAGGAAAUUUUAUCGCUGUGGACAAUGAUCUGACCUCUCCCAACAAUCUCGUGUCCUAUGAGGUCAUCUCGGCACUGCCUGCUGACUCAACCAACUACAUAGCUGCUUACUCGGACGGAUCCCUGGCUUAUAUAGGACUGAUUCCUGAGACCAAUCACGGAAAGAGUUACAGUUUGAUUGUAAGGUGCAAAGAUGGCGGUUCCCCUCCCCGUACAGCCCAGGGCACCAUCGUGCUGACGUACCAGACGACAACCACAACGACCACAACCACGACCACAACUACCACGACAACCACCCCGACAACCACCACCGCAACCACUACCACCGCCAAAAGCAACAUCUUCGACAACGAGGCCUUCGUGGCCGUCUUCGCCAUCCUGAUGUCCUUGCUGGUGCUGGGUCUCCUGGUGGGGCUCUAUUUCCUGCUGCGAUUCUGUGGGCUGUGCGGAGGUGCAGGGGCCGCCGCAGGUGCAGGGGGCGCAGGAGGAUCCGGCUUGGGCAAUUUGUGUGGACCAAAUAACGGCUGCAACAAUUUCUGUUGUCCCAAGAAAGAGGUCGAGCCUGUGGAUGAUUAUUUCAACCAUGAGGUACGAACUAACGACAAGUACAGGGAUGCUUAUUGGAAGACUGGGGAUCACUACGAAACCGGUACAGGCUACAACCCAGAGGGCGACAGCUACGCUAAACCUUUAGAGGGCGGCUUCAGGCGGCUAGCAUUGCCACCACCUAGAACCACAAACUUCUGACCGCCUUGAGUUAUUUAAUAAUGAACCCAAUUUACACCCUGUUAUCCCCGUCUUCCAAAAAUAUAUACGUUGUCCGUAUGGACUACAGAGAAAAUGGGACAAAGCUCAACAUCGCUAUUAACAAGCAUAUUUCACUUCUUCAAGAAAUACAGAAAUAAACUGGAUCACGGACUUAAUGUCAGCUUUGUACAUUUAAAUAUUGUAGUAGAUCUUCGUGAACUAAUAAGUGAAAGACGAUUCGGAAGAUCGAUUCGGAAGAUCAAUUCGGCAGAUCAAUUCGAAAGAUUGGAAGCUUGUAGACUUGUACAUCAUUGUUUCAAUUUUUUAUUUACAAAUACUAUAUACAUAUUUAUAUACUGAAGGCCAAGUUUUAUUGUACAUUUUAUUUUAAAGUUUAAUUUAUAUUUUGUCAUUUCUAAGUCGUUGAAGUAUAUAUUUUUUCUGUAUCUGUAAAUUUAAACUUUUUUUAAAUUGUAAAACUUUCUCAUAUUUAUAAAAUAGUGUGUGUUCAAAGAUUUGUGAGUGCUAUUUAAAGAGAAAGAGAGAACUAGAGAGUGCGAAUGAAAAUAGAUGGACAGAGAGAGAGAGAGAGACAAAGAGAGAUAAAGAGAGAGAGAGAGAGACAGAGAGACAAAGAGAGGGAGAGAAAGAGAGAGAGAGAGACAGAGACAAAGGGAGAUAAAGACACAGAGAGAGACAGUAAGAGAGAAACAGAGAGAAACAGAGAGAGACAAAGAGAGACAGAGAGACAAAGAGAGAGACAGAGAGAGAGACAGAGAGAGAAAGAGAGAGAGAGAGAGAAAGAGAGAGAGAGAGACAGAGAGACAAAGAGAGAGACAGAGAGAGAGAGAGAGACAGAGAGACAAAGAGAGAGAAAAAGUGAAAGAGAAUUAGAGAGUAUGAAGGAAAAUAGUUGGAGAGAGAGAGACAGAGAGAGAGAGACAAAAAGAGAGAGAAACGAAGAGAGAGAGAAAGAUAAAGAGACAGUGAGAGACAGACAGUGAGAGAGUUUGAUGAUCUAUAAAUAUAUAUACCUUGAAUACAUUUCAGUGCAUUAAUUGACAACAUAUAUAAACAAAAUGUUUUUUUACUUGUAUACAUGUCGGAGUCCACUGUCUCAUUGUACUUCAGUUUGUAGUUCAGCAGACCAACAGAACCUAUCUGUGCUAAUAGAACAUUUUAUUUGGAAAUAAACCAUCACAAAAUA